UUGUGGAUGAAAUUUGUCCUGCGAAGCUUUCAGAGCAGUCCGGGGGAGGCUGGGAGCUUGGUGAUUUCCAGGGACCGUGAACAUUAAUUCAGGCAGACCAGUGAGACCUGCCUUGCAGGUUACAAAUUGGUACUUUAGUUCUGGCUGAUGCUAAUUACUUUAAUAUAAUUAGUGUCUUCAGGUACCGCUGGGAGGGUUGAAAGCGCUGCAGACAGUAAGUGAUCCUCCUUCCUUGAGGUUGAGGACUCCAGGUGUAGAUAAACCAGCUGUUCCUCUCCAAUGGGUUAUUUUGGGGGCUGAAGCCGCAGCUCAGAGGGAUUUACCCCAGCAGUGGGAGGUUUUCCUGCCCUCUUCUCUUGCCCCCAUAUUUUUGAGACCCAAGAUCUGAAUCCAGUUCCAGUAGGUCCGCGCAGGAGAUGAAGCACAUGGAGAACAUAUCCAGCCUGUUACAGGGCAGCAGUCCGGGCGAGUAUCAGCGGCUGGAUCCCAAAUUGGAACGAGAGGCGAUCGCAGCUCCCGGGGAGCAGCCCUGGGAGAUGAUCAUGGACAAGAAGCACUUUAAGCUCUGGCGGCGGCCAAUCGAGGGUACCCACUUAUACCAGUACCGAGUGUUUGGGUCGUACACAGAUGUGACUCCCAGGCAGUUCUUCAACGUACAGCUGGACACUGAAUACAGGAAGAAGUGGGACUCACUGGUCAUCAAAUUGGACGUAAUCGAGAGAGACUUGGCCACUGGAUCAGAAGUGAUUCACUGGGUCACUCAUUUCCCGUACCCUAUGUACUCACGAGACUACGUAUACGUUCGACGGUACAGCGUAGACAAAGAGAACAACCUGAUGGUACUAGUCUCACGGGCAGUGGAGCAUCCAAGCGUCCCUGAAGACCCUGAGUACGUUCGCGUCAGAACCUAUGAAUCCCAAAUGGUCAUCCGUCCCCACAAAACCUUUGACGAGAACGGUUUUGACUACUUGCUGACCUACAGUGACAACCCUCAGACUGUGUUCCCCCGUUACUGCGUCAGCUGGAUGGUCUCGAGCGGUAUGCCGGAUUUCCUGGAGAAGCUGCACACGGCAGCGCUGAAAGCCAAAAAAAUGGAGAUCGAAGUGCGGGACUAUAUGUCUGCCAAGCCCAUUGAGAGCGGCGGCAGCGAGGGGAAGGCAAGUAUGGCAGCAGCGGAGCACAAGAGCGAUGGUACCUGCAGCCCUGCCCAGCUGGAAUAUGCCUGAGAAGCCAAACCUCCGCUCCUCCGGCCCUGGGACGGGGAGCCGAGCUCCGGAGAGGGACCUGUGCUGUGCCGCUGCCGAUGGAGCUUAGUUCAGUUUUUUUCCCUCCCCGUCUCAUCUCCAAAGCUCUGCUCCCUCUUCAGGAUGGGGAUGCUGUCCCCCACGCCGUGUGUGUUUGUGGCCAGGCUGAUGAAAUCUCAUGUCGUGUAAUCAUUUUUCUGUACCGGUAAAUAUUUCCCCUCCCCGACAGAAAAAAAUACCCUAAAAAAAAAAAAACUUUUAUCGCGGCACGGACAGCCUCCCCCUGCCCUGCCCACCCCCUCCUUUUCUCAUCCCUCUUCGGACUCUCGACCCCAAAUAUUUUUGGGUCUUGCUUUUGUACGGCGGCAGUUGGAUGAGGAUGUUCCACGUCACCGUUUCACGGUGGGUUUUAUUUCCCCCACCAAAAGACCCUUCAACCUCCUCGGCCCACGAGGAGGGGUUGGUUGUUACUGGGGUGGGCGGCCUGAACUGGUGGAACUGGGGGAAAAAAUGCUAUUUUUGGGGUGGUUUUUAGCUGCUGGUUUGUUGUAGGGGAGGGUAGAGCUUGUGGGAUUGGGGCGGGGGGCACCUUUCUGCCGGUGCUAACCUGGGUCACCGCGACCCCCCCACCGUCGUUUGUGGUGUUACCGGGCUGAUCCCACUGGGUUGUGGCACGAGGUGGGGGGGCAGUGAAAGCUGUAGGAUCAGCAAAAUACUAAUAAAUUAUCUGUCCUAGCCACAGCCAUGGUGGCACCCCCUGGGAUCCUAAUUAGCAUCCCACGUUAAUGAACCCCUCUGGGAUCUGACGGAUGGGUCCCUCUCGCACCC